AGUGAUGCAUGAUGGCUUCACUUGUGCGCAUGCUUUGAGGUACUUUAGGACUAUCGGCCGGGUCAUCUCAUUCUCUGUAAUCAGCUGUUAACAUGCAAUUUUAAUGAAUUGGCAUGGUGUGAAAAAACAUCAAAGCAAUUUUCUAGCAUUGAAUAAUCCUGCUAAAAAAUAUAUAUUAGUAUAUUAUUUUAUUCAUAAACACUGUAUUUUUAGUAUUAUAAAUCUAGAUAUUCACAUAAGUCAAUGCCAGUGUUUGUUGAUACAUUGGAGGCUAUAGUCAAUUCUAAACUUCAACACUGACAAAAAUUUAACUUAUCUAGGUCUGUUUAUAUUUUUCCUGAUUAUCCUAUUACUAGGAACAAGAUUAUAAGGUGAAUUGCGAUAGAAUCAAAAUAACACCACAAUACAUGGCGAUAUAACACACAACACCGAAAUGCAAGUUAAUACACCAUUUAGCACCUAACUGUAACUAAAAACAUUAAAUCAAUCAGCAAUUUGACAAAAUCACAAAUAUUUUAUCUUUUACUAUGGUAAAUUCAUUGAAUGUAACUAUCAGCAUGACUUUUGUACCAAAAUGUAUAAACUAAAUGGAGUAAAAAAAAUUGAUAUAUUUUAUCUUGCACCUCUUAUUACCUAGUAAGGCUACAUAUUUCACAGUAAUCACGUCAGCACAUAUUUCAAGCAUUCAAAAAUAUGCACAUUUAUUUUUAUUUUUCUGAGUAGGCCUAGUUCUUUUCGAGACAUGCUUAUUAAAAAUUAUUUUACUGUUUAAGUGCAUCAUGUGUGAGUCAAAAUGAGACCAUUUCCUUGAAAUUAGUAUUAGCAAAUAUUAUAAUUUCAUAUUUGUUAAAUAAUACAACAUUUUUAUUAAUAAACACAAUGUAUAAAAAAAAAAAACAAACACCGAAAUCUUCUGUUUUAAAAACAAACUUGACCUAAAAAUAAAACCAUAAAAUAUUGUCCCUACCUAUUACUAUUUCCCACGAUAUUGUAAUGUUCAUAUGUAAUUAUGUAAAUAAAAUUACUGUACUCUUAAUUUUUCAACUCGAUGUGUUUUUUUAAUUUAUUGUAUAUAAUUUAAUUUUACAUGUUUGACAGUAAUUGAUUCAAGAAAGCUGGGUAUUUGAACCAUCACUAGUAAUGGUUGUAAUCGGAUUAGAUAUCUUUCUCUAGCUAUUUAUAGUUUCCUGUCCUUUAAGUAUCUGAUGUUUAUGGACAUACAGGUACAACAUUAAGUUUUCAGCCAUUCCUGAAUUUUUAUUUGCUUGUGUAAAGCCUUGAACACACAGGCCUCUUUCUUGUGUACAAAUGUGAAAACAAAUUACAAUUCUAGCAAGUGACCAUGAAAGAUAGUGGACAGUAUGUAUGGUAAAGUUUUGUUUAUUAUUACCGGCAUGAAAUAUAAUACUUAAUAGAAUUCAAUUUAUACAUUUUUAUAUUGACAUGACCUGGAAAACUUUGCAUUUGAAAACAAAUUUUACAUUUUCUUUUCUAAUACUGCUCUGAAUAAUUUUGCUCUUUGUUUAAACUGGACUCUUGCAAAAAAGAUAAGUGAUAAAUAGAACUGUCCUUGUAUAAGACUAGCUAAUUUGAAGGUUCUUGUCGCUAGUAAACUUGAUGGCCUUUUACAUGGCACUAUUUCUUCACGAGAAAAAGUCGGCGUGUAUUGCGUGUGAGUGUAUAAGAGUCAAAUAACUUUUAAUCUUACAAAUUCCUUUAAAUUUGUAAAUUAACUAAAGUGCAAAAUAUGCAAAUAUUCCUUGCACUAGUGCUUGAAACAAAAGAAUGAGUGCAUUGAUUUAUAGGUGGAGUCUUGUUUGACAGCCUAAUAAUAAAAAUACUAGACAGUAGUAAUCCACUGUAAAUGUAAUUAACUUGAGUGGUUUACCUGUAAAUUUUCUCCAGCUGGUCUCAUUUUUGAGCCAGUUCUUUGAUCUGCCAUUCUUAUAUAAAGUUAUGCAAUCUUAACAAACACACUGAUAUCUUUUAGCACAAUAAAGAUUUGAAGAGUGGUUCUUCGUGGUCAAAUUGCUGAGACAGUCGCUGAAUUUUGUAUUGUAAAUCGUGGAUGUCUUUCAAUGAAAUACUGUGCAAGUGGUACAACAAUCAUAAAACAUGAAAUUUUAAGUAUGUUCAAGGCAAAAUAUGAUGUUUACAUUUAUGACAAAUCAACAAGAUUGAAUGCAUAGAGAACAAGAUCAUGUGGUAAGUUCUUAUUCAUCAUUACAGAAAUAGAAGCAGUUAUUAUCUCCAUGGAUAAUGCAUUAUUCACGUUACCAAAACAUGAAAGCAUCAGAAAGAGUUAUUUUUUGUGGUAGGUAAUUAUGGUAUCCCAAUAUGGAGGACUACUUCUUUCAGAACCUUUCAUUUUGCUGAAGGCUGUAAUUAUUUUUUUUUAUGAUGUAUUGUCUUUUUGUAUAAAUUUUGAUAUCAGUGCAUGAGAUCACUGCUAAGCACAGUGCAUGGUAUUUUCUAGAAUACAUCUAAAACCAUGGUAUCUCUCCACAAAGACAUGCAACACCAAUACCAAAUUCUUUCCAUUUGUAAUAAGGAGGACUCUUAAUUUUAAAACAAUAAUUCCUAACAGCAAACAAACCCAGAAUGUAGGUGUGUCCACCCCCCCCCCCCCCCCCCUGUUAAUGCCUCUUUUCCUUUUUUAUAGCACGUGAAACUUUGUAGCCAGCUUCCAAUUUUUUUAAUUGGAGUAUGUAAUUGCUAAGCCCCUACCAGCCUUAAGUAGUCAAUUAGAUACAGUGCAUCAUACAAACCGGUAGAGUAACUGUGUUAAGUUAUGAAUAACUUUUGUAAAGGGGUCAAUGUCCGAAAACACUUUGACAUUGUUUGUCUCUUGAUAAUACUGCAAGAUAGCAAUGUAAGACUUAAAUAAUUUAAUUAUAAAAUUUUAAUAAUGCAAAUACAAUUGGUGGAUGAUACUAUAAUCGCAUAUCAGAUACCAAUACUCAUGUCAGGUAUUGUUUACAACAACUUCCAUCAAACUCGACAAAGGCCACAGAUGUUUUGUUUGAUGGUGUGUAAAGGAAAGCAACAGUGUUUUUUUGCCAGUCUGUAGUGCAACAUUGACACAUUUUUACUCUCCAUAGAAAAAUUUAACUUCUCUGUGUUACUUGCUUCCUCUUGUGUUUGCUAUAUAGCAAAAAAAAAAAAUCAACCAAUUGUAAACAACAUCUUUGAAAGUAACAACUUUCAUGGCCAAACCUUCAAAAUUUUAAGUGUAAUAUUCAUAAUCUUCAUCAUGCUCGGACCAAUUUUCAAAGUUUUGUUCCUAUUCAUGGCCGCAAUGACCCUACAUACAUCUGUGAAAAGUAAGGAACUUUUGUAACAAUUUACAGUGUCUUUUUUUUUUUUUGCACUGUACAAUACACUUUGAGUAGGAACUAUUUCUUACUAGGUAUUCGUAAGAUUAUUUAGGUAAAUAUUCUAUAUAUAGUUUCUUAAGUAUAACAAUAUAAAGUAGAUACCUAAUCAUAGGUAAGUAGUUAAGUAAGUAUACGUACCAAUUUUGUUUAUUACUUAUUUUUAUAUUGCUUGUUUUCUCUAUUGCACAUUCACAAUUCACAAUCUAAACUCUGAACUCUGGGGUUGGAUCCGGUGUUAGCAUUAAAAUAGUGCCAAUAUGUAUACACAUUUCCAAUGGGGUUAUUAAUACUUUUGGUAUCUUUACCCAAUCAUGUUUAUUGAAAUGGCUUUUUUCUAUAUUUUAUUUUAUGUUUACAAGUGUACAAUAUUUUGAGGUAAGACCAUAUCUUAUAGUGCCAAACUAUAUAAAUGGAACAUCAGUCCUAGGGUAGGUACAUUAUGAAAUACAUCAACCUGAAUGAAAACCUAGAAUAAACUAAUAAAUAUACAGAUGAGAGUACAUAGUAUUUUUUAUUUUAUUUAGUGAGAAGUGCAGUGUAGGUCUCUAAUCCGGCACUCUAUAAUUCACUCUAUAGUUCCUGUUGGUUUUCAUUUCAGUGCAGCGUUGUGUGUUUUCUAGCAGGUUACAUUUCACAUUUUCACAUUUGGUAUUCCUGUUCAAACCAAAUUGACAUUUAAUAAUCAAGCAGAAUCGCUAAUUAGACACAGUCGUUAUCCUGAACUUGCCGGAUUAAUGACCUUUCAAUGUCCUGAACAAAACUCACCCUAUCAGAAAAGAGUGCCCAUCUCUAUACAUUUGUAGGAAGGUGGUAGGAAUACAUAGAGAUAAGCCACUGCUGUACGGCUUAAAAUGCCACCUGGUACCAAUCAUAAUACAUAAAUCAAUUUAGUUAAAGUAAGUAACUUGGUAACAAUUCAUUAACUUUGCAAUACAUUUAUGGUUAGAUUUUGGGAAGCCACUAGGUUCCAGGAAAAAUUAUAAAGUUGAAUAUCCGUGAUAUUACAAUUUUUGGAGGCUUUAACCUUGUGUUUUCUGUUCUGCUGAAAUUUUUCUAGUGUGAAAAAUCAUGAAAAAAAAUUUAUUCGUCCCCAUUUUUAAAUGACCGUUCAACUACUCUCAUCAGAAUUCAAGUUAUGCCGUAUAGUGUUAUACUCUUGGGAGGAGCAAAGCUCUAGACAGCAUCGGGAUUUCACUUGAGAUUAAUGCCCUACACUGCCUUCAUCGCACAAGUCCUUACUGCCUUGGCAAGUGGACGAUGGUUCACGUUGUGCUGUAGAGGUUCUCUACUUCCGAAGCUAUGUAUUUUUGAUGUGUAACAAUUUAGCUCUCGGAAUACAGCAUUUGGUAGGAGUAAUUUUGUGAAUGGAACGGAAGUUGCAUGGAACAGAAAUCUGUAACCACGGUGCUUCCAUCUGUAGCGGAUGGCGCGAAUCAAGAUCACAAAGCCAACAGAAAACUUUAUAGCAUUAACUGUUUAGUGAAUGUUAACAAGGUGAUCAUAAUUUUGAUAAAAUUCCUUUCGAAAAUCAGGUCCAAAGCGAAAGUUAAGUAUUUUUUCAAGUCUUUUUCACUUUUAUCGGAGCUGUUGCAUUAUAUAGUUUAACGUUUUGCUCUGCAAAUCGAAUGAUUUGAUAGUCAAAGUAGCUGCUCCCAAGCUUAGAUGUUGCACAUCUCUGGCAAAUACUGAACGACUCGCUGAAAUUUUUUUUUUCUAUCAGGGAAUGCCAUGAAAAACCAGGCUCCAGUCUCGGCCAUCCAAGGAGAAUGUGUUGGCGUCCCGCGAGGCAGGGCGCAGAACUCACCCGCAGAAAACGCAGUCCUGGGUGAAGAUGGUUGCGUACCGCGAGGCAGGGCUCCACUAUCACCCUGCGGUGAUACGCGAGAAGAACUGCCCGAUUACCUGGAGGAUGACGAAGAGGAAAUGUCCGGUGCGUUUAAGCAGCUGGCUGAUAGUGCGAAACGGGGAGGGCAGGAGGCAGUCGGCACAGAAGAGAUGGUUGUGGUCCCACGAAAGAAGCUGGCAGAGCUGACCGCAGGUUUGCAAUGUCAAAAGGAGAAAGUUCAGAAACUUGUCAGCAAAAGUGAAGAAAUUGAACGCCUGUUCCUUCCACAGUAUAUGAAAGAAAUGAAGAAAAACAAGUCAGGAGUUGCGGAGGAAGAGCCACAAAUGAGCCGGGUAGAGGAUGAUGAUGAAGAUGUCCCAGAAGGCUGGAUGAAGCACAUGAGCAAGUGUGUAAAAAGUCAAAUGAAGAAAGCCAAAGCAUUACUGACCUGGAGGAAAAAAACCUGUAAGUCUGUUCCUCGGGAUGGAAUGGAAGACGAUACACACGGUGGGAAAGUGGCUAUCCCGCGGGAAAAGCUGAUAAUGCUUGCUGGAGCACUGCGGGGACAGGCAGAAAAAGCCAAGACACUGUCUAACAGUGCGGAAGAAAUGGAAAGUCUUAUUCUCGCACAGGAGAUGGGAAAGUUUGCAGGAAAAGUGCAAAAAGAGAGGAUCGCUGACUGCAAGACUCAAGAAAUUGGUAGCCCUGUCCCAGAACACAUAGAAUUGUCAAGCAGAAAUGAAACUUAUAGCACACCAGCAAAACCUCUACGGCAGUUAUGUAAAACAGAAGAGAAGCCGCUAGAUGAAAAGGAAGAAAGCAAGCCUGUUACAUACCAGCUGAAAGCAACCAAAGGGGAAUGGCCAGAAGACUUCACGUUGCCUGAUGGUGAGGAGCUAAACCACGACUACCACUUGGUGACGCUGACGGUAGACGAACACUGGAAGCCAAAAAUUAUCAGGCACCACGGGGUGACGCCGGACCAGGACUGCAGCUCGACCAAGGACGACGCGGACAUGCUGAUCCUGGACUGCGCCUCGUGCUCCCUGCGGCCCAGCUCGCUCAAGCCGGGGGUGCUCCUGGUGUGCCACAACUGCCAGCGGUACCGCGGAGACGGCACCUGUAUGGUCGACCAGAAGGACUCUAUAUUUCGAGUUUCCACUUCAUACUUCUACCCAAAAAGUUUCACUCCUGAGAAGUCUAAGUAAUAUCCUUGUCUCAUAGAUUAUAAAAACCUACAAAUUUGUUUUCGUGAUUGAAUGAUAUUAAAUUGCAGUUCAUUUUAA